AUGACCCGGUUCGGUUGCAAACACAAAAAAACUUAUGAUGUCUAUUUCUCUCUUAUUUUUCUGUAUUUCUCUUUAUUUCUCUCAAUCCAUCCAUUUUGUCCUCAGUUAUCUAGAAAAUUGUUUUAUUUCGAAAUCCAUAAAAAUCUAGAACUUUUUUUUCUAAUUUUGAAAAGUUGUUUCUAG